GUAGAACACACCAUGUUACGGCCGAUUGCUAGUGGUCUUUUGAUACCAUUUCAGGGUCUAUGUUUCCUCGGCUCUCAUCUCAAUUGCUUUUGGGUCUUGGAAUUCUCCUUCAGGCUUCAACCGAAUGAUUACAGCAAGAUUUUGGGAGCAUCAUCAUUGUUACUGGUUUUCUCGUAUGAAGAGGUUCACCUUUUGGGUUGGUCGGCGAUAAGAGGAAGUCUAGAUCCAGCUAUUGUAUUGUGUUGCCACUUUUACGCUAGUGGUGUGUUUUGGACUCUCGUAUAUGGUUACUAUAUACGCACAUCAGGAUAAGGAAGACGAUCUGAAAGUGGGUGUUAAAUCUACAGCAUUGAGAUUUGGGGAUUCGACAAAGCUAUGGAUCUGUGGGUUUGGAAUUGCAUGCAUGAGCAGCCUUGCUGUCAGCGGAUUUCAUGCUGAUCUUGGUUGGCCAUUUUAUACUAGUUUAGUAGCAGCAUCCGGACAAUUAGCUUGGCAGAUUCAGACAGUCGACCUAUCCUAUCCAGUCGAGCUGAUUGUAACAGGAAAUUUGUGUCGAACAAAUUAAAUGGUUUGGCGCUAUCAUCUUCUGCGGGGUUUUAUUCAAUCGGCAGACUCCUGCAGUAGUGAUAAGUAACACAGCGCGCGUGAUACAUGUUAGUAUAACUCGGGAGCAUUAAUAUAAUUCUGGCACAUCAUCACCGUGCAUGUG